AUGCAUUUUGGAUUGGCUGCGUUUUUGAUGCCCGCGGCUUCGGCUGCUACGGUGUCUUAUGAUUUCACUAUUGAAUGGGUCAGAGCGAAUCCUGAUGGCGCCUUUGAGAGGCCUACGAUUGGUAUUAAUGGACGGUGGCCGAUUCCCAGGAUCGAGGCGACUGUGGGUGAUACGAUUUUGGUGAACGCGAGGAAUAAUCUGGGGAAUCAGUCCACGUCGUUGCAUUUUCACGGUUUAUUUAUGAAUGGUUCAAACCAUAUGGACGGGCCGUCGCAAGUUACGCAGUGUCCAAUUCAGCCGGGCGAGUCGUUCCUCUACAACUUCACGAUCACCCAACCUGGAACAUACUGGUAUCAUUCGCACACUGAAAGCCAGUAUCCCGAUGGCCUUCGAGGCCCUCUCAUCAUUCACGACCCCAAGUCACCUUUCAAAGGACAAUACGAUGAAGAAAUCAUCAUGACCCUCUCGGACUGGUACCACGAUCAGAUGCAGACUUUGAUUCCAGAGUUUCUGAGAAAAGGCAACCCAACUGGUGCUGAGCCCGUUCCCCAAGCUGCUCUUAUGAACGAGACCCAAGACCUCAAAGUUGCAGUUCAACCCGGCAAGACAUAUUUCUUACGGCUUGCCAAUAUCGCUGCAUUCGCUGGACAAUUCUUCUGGAUUGAAGGGCAUAAUAUGACUAUCGUUGAAGUGGAUGGUGCAUACACGAAACCAGUCGAAGCAAAUAUGAUUUAUUUGUCUGCUGGUCAACGUUGCAGUGUCUUGAUUACCACCAAGAAGGACUCUUCAGCCAACUUUCCCAUUGUUGCGAGCAUGGACACAGAUCUUUUUGACGUACUCCCGGAUGAUCUCAACUACAAUGUCACAGGAUGGCUUGUGUAUGAUCAAGAAAAGGCUCUCCCCGAGCCAUCUGUCAUCUAUGAAUUCGAUCCGUACGACGACAUGGAUCUUGUGCCGUACGAUGAGAUGGCCAGGCUUCCUGAACCCAGCAAGAACGUUGAACUGGACGUAGUCAUGGAUAAUCUCCGUGAUGGCGCCAACUACGCUUUCUUCAACAACAUUACCUACCGGGCUCCCAAAGUUCCCACUCUUUAUACUGCCCUCACGAGUGGAAAGGAGGCGACAAACCCACAGAUCUACGGAACGUAUACGCAUAGCUUUGUCUUGAAGAAGGAUGAGAUUGUGCAAGUGGUGGUUAACAACAGAGACGACGGCCGACACCCGUUCCAUUUGCACGGUCAUCACUUUCAAGUGCUGCAUCGCAGUGAAGACGACGAGGGCGACUUCAAAGGCACAGAAACCUUUUCCGACACGCCGAUGCGACGGGAUACUAUCGUUGUGAGAGGAAAUGGAAAUGCGGUCCUUCGAUUCAAGGCUGACAACCCAGGUGUCUGGCUAUUCCACUGUCACAUCGAAUGGCACGUCACGUCUGGGCUGAUCGCGACAUUUGUUGAGGAUCCUCUUGCGCUACAGGCUUCAUUGAAGCUCCCCAAGAACCACCUUGAUGCAUGCAAAGCUGGCGAUAUCCCUACCGUCGGCAAUGCCGCAGGAAACACAGAUCUUCUCGACCUCUCCGGAGAGAAUGUUCCUCCGCCGCGUCUUCCUGAAGGAUUCACCUUCAAAGGUAUCAUCGCAUUCGCAUUCAGCACAUUCAUGGGUGUUUUUGGCAUCUACACAAUCGCAUCAUACGGAAUGAAGAAGGAUAAAAAGACUCCCGAGAGAGCACCUCUCCUUGCUGAUGAACAGCAGGAGUAA